UCUGUUAUUCGUGAAGCACACCCUACUGAAUAAAAUCACAUCACACAGUUGCAUGAUGAAAUUAUGUAUGUCACAUAAUGGAUUGUUCCAAAUUAGUACGUGAUUUUUUAAAAAAGGAAACAGAUAAAAUGAUGCGUGUUAAAUCGUUGGGUCAGUCACCUAAGGUCUUGCAAAUGAUAGAAAAGAAGAAUAAGGACGGGAAGCUAAUGAAAUUCACGAUUCAGGAGAUUCCCGAGGAUCGGUACGAGGACGCGAUUCAUCACAUGUGCACAUACUUUUUAGUCGAUGAACCAACUUGUCAAUGUUUGAAUGCAAAAAAUGACCCUCUAUUUAUACAAGAUAUAACUAUGCUAUGGCGUCUGUUACUCGCAGAAGACAUAUCUGUAGCUGCAUUCGUCGACAAUCCCAAUGGUGGUAAAUCCAUAAUCGCCGGUAUGACUGUUUUGGGCAUUGAGGUUAAAAACCAAAAAAAGAAAUUGUCCGAUUAUGAGUUUAAAUCAGAGAAAUUCAAAAUUACGUAUAAACUUCUAUCUCUAACGAAUAUGAUAUACGAACAUUAUGAAGUUGACAAGUAUAUAACUGGUUUUGGAGUUAGCGUCAACCCUGAUUAUCGAAGAUACGGAUUAGGCAAGGAAUUACUAAAAGUCAGAGAUUUUAUCGGAUCUACGUAUGGAGUGCCAGCAACAGUCAUUACGUUCACAUCGAUAAUUUCGGAGAAAUUAAUAGCGGGUAUGGAAUACGAAGAAUUAUUCUCAAAAAACUUCGCUGAUAUAGUGGACAAGGACGGAAAAGAAUAUUAUCCUAAUAUUAAUUCCAAAACAUAUAAAAUCAUGGGUAGACGAUUAUAGUCCAAUAGACGAGCGAUAUUUAUAAAUAAAGGGAUUCAUAAAUAAAAACUUAAUUUGUAACUUGGAA